AUGCGCCUGCUAGCCUCGAGGGUCGCGGCGCCCUUCAUGCGAGGCAUGUCUUUGCGUGCAUCUUUUGCUCCUAGCACAAGAAUGCUAAGCUCCAGUGCACACCGUAUGGAUGGUUCGUCUUCUCCGAACACAGCGCCUUCUGAAGACAAACCGUUGAGCGAGCAGCGCGGUGACAAGAAUAGUGAUGCAUCGCGCGCCGAUCUGUGGAAUCAAAUGCUGAAUACCAUUAUCAUUGAUUCACCCGAAAAGACUUCAUUCAAAACCGAAGGCGCUGCCGUCCCACAAAGCCGCUUUGGCGAUUCGUUCCCUUCUAAUAUGAAUAAGCGCGCUGGUCCACAGCCUUUGUCUGGCAUGCUGGAUCAACUUGAUGCUGAGUUCCGCGAGCGCCCAACGUUUGGAUUGCCGGCACCCAGCACCCCGACGACUGGUCGCUCUGUAGCCAUGUCUACUUCACUAAACCACACAUCAGCUGUAUUGUAUCGCCAGCUCUCGAGAAUUCUAAGCCGAAACAAUGUUCGCCGUGAGCUCAAGUUGAAUGAGCGCUAUGAAAAACCCAAUCAGAUGCGCCGCCGUAAGCGCUCUGAACGCCAUCGUCGACGCUUUGCUGACAUGGUACGAAAAAAGGUACAACUGAUUAUGACACUCAAGUCGCGAAACGCAUGA